CAAAAUGGCGGAGACCAUGGAAUGUUUAUAUGUAGAUCGUCCCACCACCUGUUUUUAGGAUGUUCAAGGGCAGGAAAGUGACAGACCCCGUGGUGCAGGGCGGUGGACCAUCCCAGUACAAUACAGGGCUAAACAAGGCUUGGGAUACAGUUGGCAAGGCAAAAUCUGAGCUACGUAAAAUAGAGGCACGUUUAGAUGAUGUGGAUCGACAACCGAUUCCGGGCGUCCUAAAUCUGACCGAGGAGACAACUAUAACCGAUUACACAUCGUUAGGGGCAGCACAGAAUAAUAACGAGACUUACAAAGUGGGGAAUGAAUACGCCUCAGGGGUGACAGUAGACAACUACGGAAGGUCCGCAUACCUGAAAUCACAGGCUCACACACAGUCAAGUCAUAAAGAGGCACAGUCAAGUCGCAAAAUCUCCAGGCUAGGGGACAAGUAUGUAGAAGAAAAUGACGUAGCUGUGGAUCGUAAGAAGAAACCAUCGUCAUCGAAAGAGGCAGGGAGCAAUGGUCUUGCCUCGCUUAAGAAAAAGUCUGCACCACCAAUCCAACUCCAAGAGAAAAAGUAUGGUACCCAUGAUGGUCAAUCCCAUAAAACGCGCGGUGUAAACAGUCGGCAUGUUGAAUUUUCAGAUCACGUAAGGGUGCGUGAAACUCGAGACAAAAAUGGUCGACUUAACAAUGGAUAUUCAGAUCCAAGAAUAGGAGGAAGUUUGCUUGAAGAACAAUCAACACUGACAAAUUCAAGGGAUAUUCGGGAAACUGAGAUCAAUUUCCUGAAUAAUAAUUUAACACGUGAUUUUGAGCCAACGAGACGAACAGGUGUUGAGAGUGGUUUAACUCAUGUAAGUGUUACUGUACCAGGAUCUUCUAGGCAUAGCACGAAAUCAGUAAACAGUGCUGGUUCGCGAAAAUCUCGAUUUCUUGACCUUGUUCCAGAAUCGGCCGACAUGGAUGGAAGAAUAUCGGACACAUCGCACUCGGAUAGUGAGUCCGGGCGUGGGCGGAAAUUUAAAGGGAUAAAGAGUCUUGAUCCAGAUGGUCUUGCUAAAAUCAAGGAAACCAUUCGCAAGCAGCAAAGCAAGUCUUCAGCUAAAGACCACAACAAUGAAGACAUAGACGAUUCCCCUGGGUCAUUGGGCGCCAACCCAAGGUCCCUGCACGACCCCUGCGAACCCAUUAUGCCUCGUUCACAGGAAUUAAUCGAAGGAGCUGAGAAAACUGCCAAGGUGCGGAAAGUCGCAGCAGGUCCAGCUGCUCCCUCGUAUAAAGGCUUCAGUGAAACAGAGGUCAAAUACCGUAUUGUGGAGUCGAAGCCAGGCCGGGGUCCGGAUAGUGGGAAGAAGGAUAAGAAACGACAAGUCAGCCUCAAAGUCCAGGAUAAACGCAUAGACCCUUUCGGCACUUGGUUAACAGUUGAGGAAGGGGAAGGAAAAAGUAAGAAGGUGACGAGAGUUAUUGCCCCUUCCCGUAAACCACAAAAACAGCACCAGCAGCAGCAACAACAACAGCAGCCAAAGAACAAAGAAAUCAUCACAACGUCUUCAUGGCGAGCAGGUCAGGAACUCGUGUUGAGGGAGCUCGGACCGGCAAAGAAAUCUUCCAGCGGGAAAUCAAAGCAUAGGGACACAGAAGACAUCCACUCUGACGAUGAUGUUCCAUUUGAACGCCCUGAGACGCAGGGUGGUGAUGAUUUCAUGACUGGAGCGACAGCAACAGAACUUCAGCAGCAUCGAGUGCUCUCCGAGGAGGCAAAACGUGUCUACAGCGAUCUACAGAUGGAAGAUGAUCAUCCACAGAGUUAUGGGGGUGGGUCCUUGGGCGUGGCGUCGAUGGGCGAGAGAGAAAAGCGCUGGAAAGCUCCAGUGAAAAGGAAGGCCCCAAAGACUACAGAAACAGAAAAACAACAACAGUCUAGCGCAAAGCAGCGGCACUAUGACGCCGAACAGAUACGAAAAUACAUGCAGCGUCAAAAAGCAGAUCGGGUUCGCCAGCAGAAAGAAGAAGAACAUCGCAGGAAGGAAGAGGAAGAAGCGAGGAGAAAACACCUUGAGGAGCUGUAUAACAAGCAGAAACACGCGUCCUCACACUCUGCAGCGCAGGGGAAGAAGGAAAGAGCUCGGCAAAAACAGGUACUGGAAGCCAUGCACGCCGCUGGACUAGUUGGAGAGGUACCCAGGAACAAGCUGUCUGAACAUGCCCGUGCUCUGUUGAGUGUGGAAAACAAGGAAAACCACCUGGAUAAUGAUGAAAUGGACAUCAGUGAUAGCAGCUCCACAUUGACCGGAGAUGGGUCAGAUAAUGACACACCUAACGCCACCCCCAGGAGAUCGAAGAUGGAUAUUGACGGGUCAGGAAAUACAAGAUCUGCAGCGAAUAACAGAGACAUUUUAAAGCCGACUCGGCAAAAAAAUGUGGAAAAACCCAACCAAAUGAAUGUUCGGACUAUCGGUGAUUUUUCGUUCGAUGUUGGAAAUGUGACUUCGAAAUUUACUCAGGCUCUUCAGGAAAAGUUAAACCAAGAACCGAAUUCCUUGGCUAGUGGAUAUAACGGUGUGAAUGGUGAUAAUUAUUUAAGUGAUGCUAAUCGAUUAAACGAUGGAUUACCUCGGAGUCGGGCGGAUCGAAUUCAAGCAAUAAAGGAUACGGCAGCUACGCUUCAGAAUCGGUUAAAGGAAGAGGCGAGAAAAAUACAGGCUCAAACUAACAGUAAUACUGAAACUGGUGCUACUUCAAAAUCCUCAGUACGAUGGAACGAUUCGGAACCAUCGAACAAACCAGCCCCCCGGGAACAGGAGUUUAUGUCUCGAUAUGAGCAACUAACCGGAGCAAACGGCAACUACUCCGUGUUUAAUUCAAAUCUUCCAGGAAAUCAGGUACCACUUCACACAGCUGAACCCACGGUUCCAGUUGUGGCCCCUCGACAAACGAAAACAGGAUCUAAUAUGAACACCGAUUUUGAAGAUACAACAAUCACGGAAACUUCCACAUUCAGUGAGAUUACUCUCACUGAUGAGUCUGAUAAUGAGGAUUUAAUGGGAGGGAAGAUUGGUACAGGGCUACGUAAGACAGACUACCACUCCUCAUCCCGGCCUGACCCCUCAAGCAGCCAGCCCCCCUCCAUCCCCCGCCCCUCCCAGCACCCAGCUCCCAGGGUAGCUAACUCCUGGGAUGAAACCACACCCGACGACUACAAUGUGUUCAGUAUAUAUUCUCGCCGACAUCAGGAAAGAAUGGUGAGGCCAGGGAGAGAGCCCAUGUCAACUACAAGACGGAAAUCCCCCAUCCCCAACUCAGAGCCUGAAACCAAGCCCGCAACCCAAACCCCGACCAGUAGCAAGCCUAUACCAUCAGUCCGGGCUUCCAGGGGUCCUGCGAUCAGAAGUAGGUCGCCUGCUGAUGGAAUGGGGCAAACAGUGUCAGAGUCCCUACGCAGUCAAAGUCCUGGGCUGAAAUCAAAGUCCCGAGGUACAGCGAGGUAUGAGGACAGGUCAGAGGACGAUGAAGACACCCUUGGGGAGGAGUCAUAUACACAAACUUUCGAAAGUGAAGACAUAGCAGCAUCGAGAGCCAGAAGUGUAGAAACAUCAGCCCCCGUUGCAAGUCAGAAAAGUGCGGUCACCAGUCAGAGAUCCGCACCACAGAAAUCUUCCAUGUCUCGUAAACCAGACAGAAUGUCACCGGAAAUGGAUUCUAGCAUGGGGGAAGAUAUUUCUCAGGAGGAAGUCACACCCCGUGCAGAGCGCCCCAACCCCUUGGACUCUGAACCUGCCCAAGCACCCCGCCUCUCACCAAACUCCCUAGAGCAGAAGUUCUACAAUGCCCUUAAUGACCUUGAGAGCAUGGAGAUGUCGAUAAAACAGCUAUCGUCGGUGGAUCGGACAAGGGCAGUGGCAAUGGCCCAGCAGGAGACUGUUUCACUAGCUCAAAUGCUCAAGGCGAAGCAGCAAGCUCAUGACCAACAGAUGAAAGAAAUCCAGCUAAAAGCCAAGGCAGAGGCCAAUGAAUCCACAAAACAGCUGGAGGACUAUCGCAAAAGAGCAUCUGAAACAGUGUUUAAGACCGCUGAUGAAAUUGCCAAGGUCCGUGAGGAAGGUGCUACAUCCAUUCCUGAGGUGACAAGAAAACUGAUUGAGAGUCAGACAGCCGCUGUGAAAGCCCUCACAAAGGCUGUGAAAGCUGUCCCUGGGGUGGGAGAGGGGGCCCGGCCCAAAACCUCUGUCAAACGGCGCUCAGAUGAAGGGAAUGAGAAUGAUGAUACAGAGAGUCUAGAUGACUACAGUAUAGAUGAGACUAUGACGGAGGAUGAGAGAGAGGAGAAAUCCUUCAGUAUCAUACUGCCUUCCAAGUCACACAGAAACAGGGUGAAAACACACCAUCAACAUUCAGAUAACGAGUCUGUGACUUCUGAAGCGUCUUCGACACAUCUGAAGGACCUACAUUCACUGUUUGCUGGGGAGGAGGGUUUCGACAAGUUCACAGAGGAGAUGGUUAAACAGUUUAUGAAAGAGGAAGAGGUCCGCGCUCAACACCAGGCUUCUCUUCUUAAACUGCGAGAGAGUGCCCUGGUGGAAAAAACAAAGGCAGAAUUACAGUGGCUUGAGCAGCAGAAGCAACAGAGACGAAACAAAGGGGCGGACGACUCUUUCCCACAGAUUAAGAAAAGACAACGGGGACUUAAGUUGAAGCUUCAGGAACAACAAGAAGAAAUCAAGCGACUAAGAGAAGAAAGCAAGGCAGCAGCUAAGGAGAGACAGCGUAAACUCUACGAGGAGAUUAGCAAACGUCAGGCAUCACGUAAUGCCCGGGGACCCCUUAUCGGCAAAGGGCGACUGGGGCGGCCUAGCGAGGUGCACACCGAGGCUGAAGUAAGCUCUCUGGACGGGGGUUCUGAUGUUGAGAAGAAGAAGGACUACAAGUCGGACUCGGAGAUUUACACGGAUCCAAAGUCUUUGGCCCGUAAAAACAAGCACGAGAUAAAAGAUAUGAAAAAAUACCAGCUUGAUGAGAAGAACCUUACCGCCAGACAACAGAGACUUAUGGAGCGGAGGAAGAAUGCGGAGGACCUGUUGAAAUGGAAGAAGAUGCUGGACAACGAGGAGAACAGGGUGUUCAAGCUCGAGAAAAGGGCUCUAAAAGUCUGGGAUAGCAAAGAGAAGAAAUAUGUGAGCAAGAAAGAGACUUCCCAAAGUGUGGCUGCAGUCUCGAGAGAUGAUACAGAAAAACCUUCCACCAAGCGGGACAAUGGCACAACAAAAGAUUCCACCAUAAAGACUGCUUCUGUCUCCCACACUGUUGAUCGGGACAGCACUGUGGUCUCAGAGAACAUCACAACGGCACGUGAUGAAUCCCUCUACACGACCAUCAAGGAAGACCUCCCGUCUGCUAGCAUGGAGGAUAAACACUCGCGUAUGAUGAAUGAUGCUUCAAACCUGAAACAGCAUAACAGGAGUGGGAGUGAAAGCUCUGAUAUUCAUUCUGUUAGCAGUGAUUAUAAAAGGACAAAUGAGUCCAGUGACGACACGAUGACCAACAGCUAUGGUAACGAGACUUUCGAAGACACCGUCACGACCACCCACACCAAAACAACGAGCAGGGCAAAUAACAAGAAAGGAAAUCGUUCCCCGCUAGACAGUCUAAAGAAGAUGAGUCUGUCCUCUCCCCGGUCUCCAAGAACUAAACUACGGACACAUGCCAGCAGAAAUUCUGAAAGUGAAUCAGAGGACUCAUUCUCUGAUACAAAGUCCACAUCGGAGUUGAGUGAUUUCGAGGGGCGUAUUCGAGCAUUAAACGAGGAGCUCAAGAAGCGUAAAUCAGAGGCGGAGAGACUGAAGAUAGAGAGAAAGAAACGCAAGAAGGAGGACCUGAAAACAAAGGAGGAGACAUUGAAGAAACAGCUGGAGUCAUAUGACAAACAGAUUAAAUCCCUUAAAGUGGAACUGAAGCGGGAGAUUGCCCAAGACCAGCCAUCGCCCACCGCCGUACGCCCACAGAUCAAGAAGCCCCAAGUGAGCCCGAAAACCACACCCAGAAAACAAAGACCUGACCUGGAUAGCAGUGGGCCAGAUUCCACACAUGUGUCGCCCGCUAGUAUUGAUGAGUCCAAACAGACCCCGCCUAAAGCUUCUCCCACUUUGCAAACUACCCCAGUGAAGUCUCAAAAAUCCUUGGAUCGAAUUUCCGAAGGCAGCGAAUCAAUAACCACCAGGUCCGAACAAUCUGAAUCAAGCUAUAAGGAGAAAGUCCAGAGCAUUAAAGAUUUGGUCAGUGAUAUCGAUAAAACUGAAGACAUUGAAGAAGAAGUAGAUGAAGAACUGAUAUCUGCUGCUUCUGAGGCUUCUGAAGAUAAGUCUGAAAUUAUGAUUGAUCUUAAGUCUGCUGUUAAAGAGGACAUCUAUGAUGUGUCUGAGAAACAUGAAAGGGAACCAACUGUUGAUGACUCCGUGGGUUAUGAUUACACUGAAGACUUUACUGCAACCGAUCAUUUGAAUACGGCAACAAAAGAGGAUAAAUUGAAGCUGAGUUUUAAUAAGAGUGAGCUUAGUGAAAUUGCUGAUGAUAUUGAAUCGAAGCCAUUGACUGGAAGAUCAGGUACUGAAAUUUCAGAGGCGAUCACUGAACACUUGCCAUCCAUGUCUGCAUCAGAACCAUUUGUGAAACAACUAGAUCUGAAGAUUGGAGGUAAAGAAAAGCUGGACUCAGAAAGCAAGCAUGAUUUGUACAGCGAACAGUUUGAAAUUGAGAGCGAUGGAGAUAUGGAGAAAUCUUCCAUUGUAGGGUCAUCAAGACCAUCAAGUGGUAGAAGCGAAAGGUCUUCUACAUACACUGAACAUGAAACAUCUGAAUCUGAUAAAUCUCCAUCAGUUAUCGCUGACCAACCUGGCUUUGUAGAAGCUGAAGAUGUUAGUGAACCUAAGGUCACCACGAAACCGGCUAAGGUGUUUACUGAUAAGAAUAUUUUAGACAUUGAUGAUUUGCUUGGAACUCCUGAAGAAUUGACUCCAAUUCCUUCACCACGGGAAGACACCCCUGGAGGUCAAAGUGAGAGCUCUAGAUUGAGUAAUUUCUUCGAUCCGCUUGGAGACUUUGAGAUUGGAGAUAGGGUUUCAGUAACUGCACCAACUGGGGAAAGAUCAUUUGGUACUUUAUUGUUUAAAGGAAAUGUUCAAUUUGCUCCCGGAAUAUGGGCGGGCGUGGAAUUAGAGGAACCAGUAGGACGGCAUGAUGGAAUUGAAGAUGGAGUGCGAUAUUUUAAUUGUAAGAAGAAACAUGGUUUGAUAGUUCCUGGGCAUGAUAUUCAGCACUUUAUUGAAGAUGAGAUUGUGGAAGAUGAUAAUAUUAAUGUCAGGGCCAGUAUUGAAAGUACCUCUAGUGUGAAUACAGAAGAUGGUGAACUCCUUAAAGCUAUGAAUGAGGCUGCCAGUAAUGUUGAACUGUUUGAGGAAUCUCCCCAACCAUCACCUAGACCAGCUAAAGUCCAAGUGGAUAAAGAAACUGCUAAAGCUGAUAAAGAAAAACUGGCCGAUAAAAUUACUGAUCAGUUGAUGGAUAAAUUGUUGAGAAAUGAAAUGCAGACAUUAGGAAAUAGGAAUACAAAAAGGGGUCCCCCAGUUGCACCAAAACCAAAGUCAAAAACGCCACCAACUUCAAUGGCUGAAGAACAUCCUGAAACUAAUGGUGAUAUUGAUGGCUUAGAAGACUUCCUCCGUUUAGAAACAUCUGAUCAGCUCCCAGAUGCUGAUGUAAGACCUACAUCACAACAAGUGAAUGAUAACACUGUAGAUCACAGUACAGACAAUACACUUAAUUACAUGGUCAAUGAGGCUUUUGAUAAAAUGCUAGACAUUCGAAAUAACAAAAAAAGAGGUCAAGUCCAAGAAUUAACAAAAGAAGAAGAAAAUGAAUUUGAUAAAGAUAUCCUAGACCUUAUUGGUGAAGAGCCGUUAGAUCACGACAGUAGAGCAAGAGACCAGGACCAGGAAGAUGCAAGAGAGAGUGGAAUAUUUGAAGAUGAAAUGGGACCAGUUGAAUUGGAAAGAGUCCUUAAUGAGCCAGAUAGGUCAGACCAGCAUGAGGGACCACCCAGACCUGGGUCACCAGUACCGGGGCUGCAUUCUCCUAAGGAUAGCCUUAAGCCCCUCGAAGAGAGUGGAACAUUUGAGGAUGACGACUUCUGGCCUGAGAGAAAGGACCCCCCACCCUACCCUGGACAGGAUGCAGGUCUUCCAAGGGAGUACAAGAAGUUAGCUGAGGAGGUAUUUUACGCCGUUCCACACGAGGAAAAGGAAGUGGCAGGAAUCGUUGGUGACGCAGUUGAUGAGUUUUGGCAACAACGAAGAUACGGAGAAUCGCUCACCGAUCUUCAACCUUCGCAGGGAUUUUACACGCAGGAAGAAACAGGAAGUGACUUGAUCAGUAACAGUCGUCGUGUGUUCAAAAAACUUUUGUUUGACUUAACGGGAGAAGUGAUGCGAAAUAUUUACCGGGAAGAGGAGUAUGAUUCCCCUGUAGCCUGGCAUAAACCAAAACGGAAAGCGAACAAGUUUUAUCGAGGAUUAACUCCACCAAGUACGGUUGAAAUUCUGAAACCUGUGGUGCAAAAAGCGGUUGUAGACAUUCUUGGUCUUAAUGGGGCUAAAAAGGGGAUGGAGAAGAACAAAUGGGGAAUAAGGAAGAAAAAGGAUUUAGUUGACUCGAUUCUGGUUCAGGAAUUACGGGAGGAGGAGCCAGAAUGGAUUAAUUAUGAUGAAGAUGAGCUCGCAGUGAAAAUGCAGCUCACGGAAACAUUGUUUGAUAGUCUUCUGAAUGAUACGGUACAAACAAUGAAUAAGAUUUUUCGCAAGAAGCAGAUUUUGCAAGAGCAACGAAAGUCUGAAGUCUGAUGGAAUUGUGGUAAUGAAUAAAUGUGCCAAGAGAACUAUGUUGAUAGAGAUGGGGGGAAAGUAUGUGCUUGUCUUUUGUUGCUUAGCAUAUGACGUAUACGUGGGUCAAUACCCAGAACAAAUAAACUUUAGUUCAGCCCGAACAAAUAAAAGUUAAUUUAUGCUCGGAACAAGCAGAAAUAAGUUCAUGCCCGAAAACAAAAAGAAAUUAGUUCAUGCCUUGAACUAAUAGAAGUUAGUUCAUGCCGGGGACAAAUAAAAGUAAAUUUAAGCCCGGACCAAAUAAAAGUGAGUUCAUGCACGGAACAAAGCAUUAAAUGGAGUUCAUGUCGGGGACAAUACAUAAACCUGAAAACUAGAGUUGUGGCAUUUAUGGACCUAGAUCAUCUGAAGUACACAGAUUGUGUAUUGAUAAUACAGCAGGGAUAUAAUUUAUAGUAAUGCUCACUGGAUUUAAAAGAUGUUAUUGUUACUCUGUGGAUACAUACAUGAAGAGAGGAAGACGAAGUGAUAUGGUGUAUCUGUUAUUUAUUUAAGUGCAAACUUUGCGGAAAAGGGGACCAAAUUAGCUAGAUUGGACCAGAAUUUAUAUGGUCCUAUCAAAUUUAGCAUAGAAAUUUGGUGUGCUUAUUUAGAGGCAUAAACUUCUAGAUUACAUAGAACUGUGAUAUUUUUUGUUGUUGUUUCUUUUUCCUGAAUUUUCUUUGAUUUUUUGUCAUGUUGGUGAACCAUUGGCAGUUCAGCUUUUUAAUCCUGAAAUUAUAGAUUACCUAUCUGGUAUAUAAUAUUUUUUUCCAUAACAACAGAAGUUAUUUGUAAAAUAGAUUUUUCAUUGCAAGUAGAUUUAGGUUCAAUGUUUUCUGCACUUGACAGACUCAUUAUUGGUAAGAUAAAAUAUAUAAUAGAUUAUUAAUUUACAAGUGAAUAUUUGCCAGUGUAUAAUAUACUAGUAAUUCUGUUUUUGUAAUAUAGAUUUUUGUCAAAUAUGUGCAUGGUAAGUAUAGAUUAAGUGUAGAUUUAAAAUAAUGCUAAUAAUGACCCAUUUUUGCCAACUUGUAAAUACAGAGUUUUAUUUAUUUUUCAGACUUAACUUAGUGUGUGUAUUGUGGCUUAAUGCCACUGUUUUGAAAAUCUGUGAGGCUGAAUCCUGUACCUUUCUUUCUCUCGGAAAGUAUUGUCAGUCUGUCGAAAUGGAAUGAUAAUCCUCAUGGAUGUCUGUAUUGUAAAUUUUUGCUUUUAGAAAAAUCAUGAAAUUCUAUUGCGUAGCUUUUUUCAGUCAUCUUUCUUUUUUGCAUUAUCUAAUUGAUACCCCAAGAAUGAAAGGUGCCCUUUUUGUUUUUUCAUUUAAAUUUUCAGUUUUGUUUUGUAUCAAGACCUUUUGUUAUCAAAAAUGAUCGUUUUUACUGACAGGUUCAAUAUUCUAACAAAGAUCAUGUAAGUUUAACUGCAUCCUGCAUCAUAUUGAAAUCUCAGAAGAGUUAACCGUGUUUUGCUUUGGAGAAAAUGAGUUGAACAUUUGGUAAAAAUAAUAUUACAGAAUACAGGCAUUGGAACCCUGGUACCUCAAAAAAUAUCAUUCUUUGAAACAAUAAGAAUACAACAAAUAUGGAUACAUUGUUUUAGACCCUUUAAAGAGUAUGAAUCUUUUAAUAAAAAAACAUACAAAGAUGCGCUUAAGGUUUUAGAUCCUUAGUACUUUAAAAUGUCGUAUGUUCUUUGAAACAAAAAGCAUAAAAUAGAUUCGCUUAAGGUAUUCGACCCUUAAUACCUUUGAACAUUGUAUAAUUUGGAACAAAAAGCUUAGAACAGACAAGCUUAUGAUAUUCAACCCAUAAGUAACUUGAAAUGUUUUGUUUCAAAAGCGCCUAAGAUUUAGGGAAAUGUUAUUGAAAGUUUAAGGCUUUCUGGGAUUUGACUGCAGCAUUUUUAGAACUUCUUUAUUUAUUUGCUUGAUUACUUAGAUCUGAGUAUAUCUUUUUUAAACUUUCUUUUAUUCAAUGUUCAUAUACAUAUUUGUCUUACGAUUUGAAAUCUCUGAUCAAUUCUAUUCCUUUGAACUUAAUAUUUAGUCUUUUGUUAGAUUUACAUUUGAUUAUAUACCAAUAUUUUUCAUUAUUCAGGUAAUUUAACAAACAUUCCGUCCAACAGUUUGUGUAUUAUGUAUGAUUUCUCAUAUCAAUUGAUCUUGGAAUUUUUGUUGUCAUUUUUUGCUAAUGCUAUGUUGCCUUUGAAAGGUAAAAUAUCUCUGAUACUUGUUACUGGAUUGUUAUUGUCAUUGGCGAUUCGAUAUUUGGUAACCAUUUACUUGAUAGAGUGAUGGCGUGAAUAGUCUUCGGCAUUUAAUUAUUGCGAAAUAUUGCAUAUGUCUGAAUGAUAUGAGCAUAUGCAUGUCUUAAUACAUAUUAUUUGUUUGUUUCUUUCUGAAGUUUAGGAACAUGCACAGUAUGCUACAGGGGUUCUUCAUUCAGGCAAUACAAAAUUGAAUUUAUGUUUCAUGUAUGCCCUUAGUUUGAAAACUUAUCUAGCUAUCCUUAAAAGACAAAUAACCUGUCUCCCUACAUUUUUUUUUAAUAAAUGAGUGAUAUGCUUUGUAGAAUAUAGACACCAGGGCCUCUGAAGUCCAUGAUUUCAAAUGAAACUUGUAUUUAAGUGUGUUGAUCAUUAGAAGCACACAGAAUGCGUCAUAUUCUGAUAGCAAAUGCAAAGAACACAAAGUAGAAAGCAUGUUGUUUUUACCUGUGUUCUGUAGUAAAGUAAUUACAGUAAAGGGAAAUUAAAAAUAUUCAGCAAGAUUAUUGAUCAUAUAAAAAUGUGUUGUUUUUUUAUCCCGAAGCCCAAUACCUAAGGCUGUGCACUGAUUACGCUGAAAAUAGAAAAGAUUUAGUGUGGCCUUAUUCUGAAACCAGGAUUGAAAGUUUUUAACUUCCAACUGUUGUGCAGUUCUAAAAGUUUUAUGCAUGAACAUUUACAUCACAAAGAUUAGGAAGAACCUUGAAAUUAAUAUAAAUGACAAUUUCAAGACCAACCUUAGCUUCUUUAACAGCAUCUUUAUGCUGCUUUUGGCAUGAUUUCCUUUUUUAGCUAUUUUCCAGUAUUGACUGCCCACUAUGAGAACCCCUGAUGCUGUGGUUGUGUUUGUUUUGGUGAACCAUUUUAUCAAAGAUGAUGCUAAAAUAUCAUAAUUAGUUAUUAUAUUUUGCCUUGUUUGCUAAUUUUGCAUUACGAUAUCCAUAGCAUUAAAAUUUAAUAAGCAUACAUAGUUAUGAUAUUUGGACUUUGACUUAGUGUUACAUAAAUACUUAAAGGCUUGACUGUAUGUAUAUAUAUCUAUCUAUAUAUAUAUAUAUAUAUAAUGAAUAAUAUUAUUUUUUAUUUAUUUGUACUGUUUUUGUAUAACUUGUAUAAAAUAUUCUGUAAGCACAGACAGGCAUAUAGGUAGUUUUUAUGUGCCAUUUUUUAUAUUUUUGAUCUGUUAGUGGACAGAAAUGGAAGGUAACAAGAGAAAUAGUUUUCUACUAUGCAAGCCUUAAAUAGCUAUUGGAGGCUGUGUUAUAUACAUCCAGCCAGUAUUACAGUGCAAUGCAUUUCCUAAACUUGCAUAACCCUCCAAGAUCACUAAUGUUUGUGUGUGUACACUAUCCAGUAAGUUGCUUCUUUCUUGAGUUUUAGAAAGAAAUUAUGCGAUUUUGCAAGCACCAUGAUUUUAUUCUGCUAGUAUAUUACAUCGUUCAAUGUUUUUGAUAAGCUGUAUAUGAAACAAAUACAAUUAUUCAAGUUCUUUACAUUUUGGCCCAUCAUAGAUAUUGACAUCUUCUUGUCCAAUCAAGGUAUAUGCACAAUGCAUUUCAAUGUUUGUUUAAGAUUGAUAAGCACUGUUAUACUGGCUUAAUAUUGAUGCUAAGUAAUAAAAACUAACAAUGA